AAGUACCCCCUCGAAAUAUUCGGAUGAGGAUAGCGCAAAAGAUCACUGAGUUCUGAACUAAGCCUCUCGCUUUCCCUUCCCUUUUCAUAACACAGCAAAUCGAUUCCAAUAAUGUCAAUUAUCAUGUUUACAUCGACUCCUUCAACUCAUCUCACAACUCUCUCACCUCAUGUGAAGAAGACGCAGUUAGUCUACAAGCCCGAUUUUUCUCUGAGACCCUCGAAAAAGCUUCAGUACUUGGUACCCAUUUUUGCAAGUGCUGAUGAGGGGUCUGGAGUAGUUUCUACCGUUACAGUAGAGGAUGAGAAACCUUCUGAAAGUCCUGUGAGUGCUGGGGAGAAUCUAGGUUCUAACGGGUCUCCGCCGCUGGCCGUUGCCGAGGCUCCGGAGCCGCCUACCGAGGAGGUUGGAGUGAGUUCGAAUAAAUUUCAGGAUCCCAAAUGGGUUGGAGGGACUUGGGACUUGACGCAGUUCGCGAAAGAUGGGAAGACCGAUUGGGACGCUGUUAUUGAUGCUGAAGUGAAAAGGAGAAAAUGGAUGGAAGAUAAUCCUCAAUCAUCAAGUAAUGAAGACCCUAUUGCUUUUGACACUGCUAUUAUUCCAUGGUGGGCAUGGAUUAAAAGGUUCCAUCUUCCAGAAGCUGAAUUGCUCAAUGGUCGGGCUGCAAUGAUCGGCUUCUUCAUGGCAUACCUCGUAGACAGUUUGACCGGGGUAGGUCUUGUUGAUCAAAUGGGCAACUUCUUCUGUAAAACACUGUUAUUCAUAGCUGUAGUGGGUGUUCUUCUGAUAAGAAAGAACGAGGAUAUUGAAACCCUUAAGAAAUUGCUGGAGGAGACGACAUUUUAUGAUAAGCAGUGGCAAGCAACUUGGCAGGAUGAGGCGUCAACCAAAUCUGAUAAGGACUAGAGAAAUUGUGGCGUCUAGUUUUUCUUGACUGAGACGGUUUCUGAGCAUCUUUAUUCGCUAUAUUUGAGAAUCUUGAUUUUCGAUGGCUGAUUAUGUUUUUUAUUUUUUUAGUAUUAUAUCAAUAUCUUAUGAGAAUAUGCAUGUUUUAGAUGAUUCUCAAGGAUGGCAACAGGGCGGGUGUGAGUGUGAAAAGCCCUCCCUGUCUCCUUCCCUGCCACGUGUAUGUGCCCGCAUUUCGUUGCUUCACUCUGUUCAAGUCACAAUGGAAACUCUUUCCAUUACAUUCCUCUGUAUUUCACUUUGUUCACUUUUCUACAGUAACUAUGUUACCUUCGUUA